AUGGCUCGAGAUGGAUGGAUUGUAACCACCCACCUCAUCCACCAGCCGCACCAGCCGCACCCGCAGAACGCCCCUACCUCACCUACAUUAAGCCACGCUAUCACGCAGCAAGGCGCCCACCCUCUACUUCCCUCUCUCGGUGACAAGGAACACUACAGCGGUGUUUUACACACGGGAGUGACUGCGGAUUGGGGGGUGUUCGUACCUACGGGUGGGCUCCUAGCCGCAGUCGUUUCCCAGGUCGGCCACCUCCCCGAAGGCAAGAGAACUUCGUGGCAGAAGGUGACUAGCGUUGAUUAUGACCGCUACCAAGCAAUCACCAUACAAAACAUCGAUGGGUCUCAACUAUACCCGGGGUUGAAUUCAGAACGCUCUUCGACCCCGGAGGCAAGAUCCCUCGGGCGAAUCUCGCCGGAGAGUGGCGUCAUAAGGGAAGGGAAGAUGGUGGGGACACUGGAAGGGGUAUCCACUGUUAUUUCACUGUAUCCGCAUAGUGCAUCAGCACAAGACACCAUGCGGUUUGCAGUUCACCAACGAUUCUCGUUGGCCAUAGUUUCCCCAUCAGACCUGCAAUUGCAGUGA